AUGUAUGCGUACAUAAACACGCACAUACAGCCGACCUUCCAUUCCACGUCCACCAUCCCUCACAAAACUGGUAACUCGCUUCAGCAAUCCGAUACCACUGACAACCCCUGCUGCUGUUGUAUGUUAGCCAUUCUUUCCACCAUUCAAACUUCUCUACCCCUGUCGUUUGCACCCGGUGCAUACCAAGACAGCGCUGUACUGAUAUCACGUGGCAACUGUACGUUCGCUGACAAGAUCCUCUACGCACAAGCAGCCGGUGGUGGGGCUGUGGUCAUUGCACAGAACUCGCCACAGGAGACCACCUUCGCACCCACCGGCUCACCGGAAGAGUUUGCGGCUGUGAGUAUCCCUACGGGGAUGAUUUCUCGGGCAGAUGCGGAGGCCUUGGCUGCCAAUCUGUCGUCUGCAGGAGCUGCAGGGGUGUACGUGACAAUGUUUGUAGGGUUAUCUGGCACUGACCAGAUCUUUCGCUUCAGCAACACUGUGCUGCUGGUGUUGGCUGUGGUGGUGGUCACGUGUGGCUGUUUGUUGGCACACCCUAGACCGAGCUCAGAUGCUCUCCAACGACUGCCCGAGCACAGUGGUGCUGCCCCACCCACCACAGUCACAGAUGAGAUUGAGACCAAGCACGUGGUAAUGGCCUUUGUGUUCAUCUCUCUGUUUCUGGUGGCAAUGUACUUCCUAUUCGAUUAUCUCGUCUAUCUCUUCAUCGCCUUCUUCGUCAUUGGCGCCACAGCCUCGAUGUCUCAGCCGGCUCUGUUGUAUAUUAAUCCGUGCCUGGUGUCGGUCACACUGCUGCAGGCGUGUGUGCGUAGUGACUUACGCACUAUGUGGGAGGGAAAAAACGCAACCAGGAGAAACUCAGGAGAGGCUCUGGCAGGUGGCACCAGCCGGUUAGAGUUUGGAUCAACGGACAGCAUCAGUGAUAUCUGA